AUGAAUUCACACAUUGAAGACCUUAAGCCCUUCAGAUGGAAAUGUUUUCAAGUUUUAAUAUUGGAAAAUGAGAACGGUGGUGAUGCUGGCAUUGACAGUAACGACAAAACCUUAAGAGAUGCGAGAGAUUUUGUGAUAACUGAUGAACAAUUUCAAUCAUUCAUCAGUCGUCAUCAACAACAACAAUGCAUUGUACCGGAACCAAACAACAUCAUGAAAAACUCUUAUUUGAUUUUAGACGAACAUUUAUGUUUUUUAAAUUGUCGUGAUAACAAAAAAAUUCCAAGUCAAUCAUUAUUAAACGUUGACGUCGACGUUGCUCUUCAAGAGUCAGGUUGGGAUCAGGAUUCUUUUUAUAGAAGAUCUGGCGUAUAUGAUUGGUCUAAAAAUAUUGAUGUUUGUGCUCAAACCAACGAUAAAUCAUUAAAUUGCAUAACAUUAAAAUCAAAUUGA